AUGCCAAGGACCGUCGAGGGCGGGCACGCAUUCAAAGAGAGACAGAUGACUGUGCCAAGUCUCAUGACGCGACAGCUGUUACCCCUCGGCGGCAAGGCAGUGCUGCGGCUGUCGCGCGUAGGGGUACAGGCUACAGUACAAGGAUUGCUCAUCUGCGAACACAAUAUAGGAUUCGGAGUCGGUACUUGGGAAGAGGGGUCCGAAUGCGGACCUUUUGAUUCGGGACCGACUCCGUUAAACGGACCACCUGAGUACAGCUGCAGCCCUAGCUGUAAGCUGUUGGGCUCCACGUCUGCCAUCGCCCUGGCCCGACAUUACCGACAACAAACCGGAAGAUACAAAGGAACGGAGCGGAAUAUCGAUCUGCGGAACGGACAAACGGAUAAUAGAGUAGAACAAGGAACGGAAAUCACCGGAUUCGGACAUAGACUUAGAACAGAUAGAAGUGGAGCAUCCACCGGAUCAAUCACAGGUGAAUCAACGGAUAAAUCGAUAAAGCAACAUAACGGACGACCAUUGGCGAAGGGUAUCGAACGAAAGCCUAGGUCCCGCGGCGUGAUGGAAUCCUAUUAUGUGCCGAUCCCAAGUGGAGCGGCAUUGACAUUUUGCUGCUGA